AUGAAUGCAAAAUGUCUACGUGACCGUGAUGAGCUGCGAACGAAAAAACUCCUAUUCAUGUUCGAUUUGAUGAGUGAAGCGAAGGACAGUGAUGGCAAUCCAUAUUUCGUUUUCAAAGGUGUACCGAGUGUAAACAAAGUGAAUGAAUUCCAACAAUUCUUUGAUGAAAACACACCAUUUGGACUUACGUGUGAAGUUUGCACAGCGAAAUUCGGAAGUCACACGCAAAAUGAUAAUGGCUCCGACCGAUCCAAUGUACAUAAACCGAGUGGAAGUCAUGAAAACUCAAAUCAAACAUCUCAAAUGAACCAACCUGGUAUGUUGCCGGCUAACAUUAGCGUAUCCAACAAACCAAAUGUGCAUACCAAACGAAUUGUAAUACCGACGGAAGAUGCAAAUGGACUAUACACUUUGUACGUUUCCAAAGCUGAUACAGAUUCAUCUUCAGAUGAUAUUGUCAGCUACUUAAUGGAAAAAGCCAACCUAAACCCGGAUAUAUUCAAGGUUUUUGCACUGCCCAGCAAAAGAAAAUACCGCAAAACCUACAAUGCUUUCAAAAUAACCGUAUUCACACGGGAGGUAUGUGAAUUGCUAUGCAACUCCGAUAUCUGGUCAAGUGAAUAUCGUGUUAGAGCUUUUGAAAAAACACGUAAUCGAAGUAAUGUUCAUGGGCGAAAACACAAUGACUACCGUCGUACAACAGCCAAGUCAACUUCAAACUCACGACAUUCCAAUAGAUUCAACAACAACAGUAACAAACAUCACACCAGACACAACCGGAACAAUAACAACAACAACAAUCAGCGUCGGGACAUGAAUAACCAACACAGACGCCGACGUGAGGAUCGAUCGAAUGAAUUUGGCUACCAUAAUCGAAAUCGUAAUAACCACAACGGUCGAUAUAAUUAUGAACCUCGCCAUCGUGUAGAUCACAUGCACAAUGGACAAUUGCCACAGACCAAUAUGCCGCCUCCUUUUUGGUACCAAACGCCAUAUUUCUACCCUCCACCUCAGCAACAGGUUCAUUCUCAGCCAACUAUGCCACUAUUCCAUCCGCACUAUACACACGCACCACAUCAAAACUUCCAACCGUUCAACGUUCAAAAUCACAAUGGAAUGUAA